UGCGUGGGUGUACGCCUCUAGAUGUGCAUCGAUUCCCCCUCCCUCUCGGUCUCUUCAUCAUUUUUGCUGUCCCAGCCGUCGUUGUCUUUGUCUCUGUCGCCGUCCGUUCCUAUCCCACCUAUUUCCGCCUUUCCUCUCCUUCAUCAACCUCGCCAUGCUCGCUGAGAUAGCUCUCCCUCCCCUCAUCCCUCGACGGCCGUUUACUCCUGAACCCCAAGAUCCUGACCCUCCACCUACGCCACCAGGAGGACCCCGCGUGCCUCCUCCGCAGCCAAACCCGCCGCCUUCUCCUCCUCACACAUUCUCGCUGCAUAGCUAUCUCCGCGCCGUAGGCUGGCCGUUGAACGACGACCCUCCUCCGCCGCCACCUUACGUACCAAGCUUCGAGCUCCCCGGACCAGCAAGGGCUCUCUUCCUGCCACCAGGACCCUCCCCAAGGAUCUCAGAGGCUAAGGGACGGGGACGGGGGGUAGGGGUGGAAAAGGCAAACGACGCCUCGCAAAGCCGCAGCGUUGCUUGUCCAUUUUCCAUCUCCAUUUCCAUAUCCCAUAGCCAAUCCCAUAGCCAUGACCAUGUUUCCCGUGGGGCGAUCACGCCAGGGUUCGACGAUGGGAACCCCCCCGGGACGCCAUCCCCCCCUCUUCAACCCCUCAGGCCCCCCUCCAAGACGAAGGGUGGGAUAGGACCGCGGAUCGAGCCCGUGAUUGCGAGAUCUGCGUGAUUGGGGGGAUGCUGAUGGGACUGUGGGGGGGAAGGGGGACCCAUCGACUGACCCAUGGGGGCCGGCCCACGCCCUGCAACUGCAACCACGGGCCACGGGCCACGGGCUGCAGCUAGUUGAAAGGCUUGGCGCAUGAACGUCGCUCCAUCCCUGUAGCGCCAAUUAUCCGGCGUUUUAUAAGCUAG